AUGUCGGAGAACAUGAAGCAGCUCAUCAACGAUGUGAAGCAGAUCCAUACCUUUCUGCAGACCAUGGAGAAUGUACAAGGUGUGGACAGCAAUGUCAUGGAGGAGAACCAGUUCCAAAGCUUUGCUACGAGGCUUAACACCGUGCAGUCGUGCACACACGAAGAUGGACAGGAGCUCAUCAAUGUGAUCUCUCAAGGCCCUUGGACGGAUCCCCACAAGCGGCACUUCUACACGUGCAUUGGGUUGGUUGUCACAAACAACCCGACAUCCUCAACCAGGAGAAACUGCCAGGACAUCACGUCCUUCUCGAAGUACUUGUCUGCCAAAGACAUACAGACACUGGGCAGCGAUGCCACGUUGAUCACCAAGCUCGAGGCUCUGGCCCAUCGCUGUGCUCGUGUGGGCAUCUCUAACCCAAGCGAGAUCAGUGUGCGACAGAUAAUGGCAUCUGGUCUGGUUUUUGGCAUCCAAGCUGCCACCGACAAAGACAAGUUCGCUGUCGUGCAGGAAAUCAAGCGGCUCAUCAAGAUCCAGGUGAAGCGGCGACCAAAAGCAGCAAUGUAUCUGGUGAAGUAUCCCACCGACCCCCGGAACUUGCCGGAGGUGCUCUUUGCGGCUGGAUACGAUGCGGAAGACCCACCAAAUACAACUGCGCCUGAUGACACCGAGAUCGCCAAUGCAGCUCGCACGAUCUCAUUGAGAAGGUCGUCCAGGAGCAUCCGAGGCAGUGGCUUGUUCGGCGAUGCGGGCAACACCCUUGCUACGGCCGCUGCUCCAGCUGGGAACAUGAACCCUUGGGGAAACAUGAUGAGUGGUCAGUGUGGGCCCAUGCAACUUAUGGGAAGCAUGUUGCAGAUGAUGCAGAACAUGACUGCGAAGAACAAUCCCGAGCUCGACAUCACCUACUUCAACCCGGCGGCUCGAGCCGGGAACCGGCUUGGAUCUUCGGCUGCGGCAGUCCAGCCGAAUCCUGCUCAGGCGGCACUCCCGCCCCCUGGUGGAAAGGAGGCGGCAACCCAGCCGAAUGCAAACGAGUUGGCGAUCACACCGAAUAUCGUUGAGGACCCCAUGCCUGAUGCCGAAGAGGUCGCCAAUCAGGUAAAGGACAACAAGCGGCAGAGGGGAGCCCCCACGACGAAGUAUAACGGCGGGAAGAUUCAUCGAUCCGACACAUUCUCGUUGUGGCGAGUCUUCAUUCAUGAGCAGGACAGGGUUGACAAGAAGAUCAAGUUCGGCACGGACAUGAAGGCCUCGUGGAAGAGGGCUUUGGAUAUGAUCGACAGCGGCAAGUGA